AAUCAUAAUCAUAUAAAAAGGGAUAAGUAAGUGGAAAGUGAUUGAACGUCAUUAUCAUGAUUAUGACAUUUUUAAAUAGACUUUCUAUUUUUAAAUAGACUGGAAAAUACCACAGCUUACAUGUCAUAUGCCUGAUAUAUUUGCCAAUAUCGAGGUCAUCAGUUUUUUUUUGUCAUUGAGAAAAUUACCUUUGCAGUUGAUACACAUAUAUCAUCGAGUUUAGGACAGAUCUUGUCACUUAUACGAUGGAAGAAUUCAACGUAUUUACAGAGUCGCACACUUGUAAGGAAACACUAAAAGCUUUUGAGAAAUUAAGUGUUAAACUCGGCUUAGACAAUGUACCUCACGAAGAGUUUUUUGAUCAACUUACUUUUGGAUUGGCAAAAAAUUGGAAGUUUAAAAGAUUUUUGGAUCAUCUCAAGAAUAAGUUUCAAGACACAGGAAAAGGAGAAGCUACAAAAGUACUAGUUGUUGGUGCUGGGCCGUGUGGACUACGGAUAGCCAUUGAGACUGCAUUUUUGGGAUGUAAAGUUGUUUUGAUAGACAAACGUGAUGCUUUCACAAGAAACAACGUCCUCCAUCUCUGGCCAUUUACAGUAACUGAUUUAAAAAAUAUAGGCAUAAAACAAUUUUUUGGACGGUUUUGUUGUGGAGAACUAGAUCAUAUAAGUAUCCGUCGCCUUCAGCUGAGUCUACUGAAAAUAGCGUUGGUGGUAGGAGUAGAGGUUCAUACCAAUGUGGAAUUUGAAGGCCUAAAAUGUCCACGGAAAAAUGGCGGAACAGGAUGGAAAGCCGUGUGUAAACCAAACAAUCACAAGGUUUCUGAUUUUGAAUUUGAUGUUUUGGUGGCAGCAACGGGAGCUCGUGAUGCUCUGUGCGAAUACAGACUCCAACAUGAAAAUGGAACAGUCAUGAAACAAGGUUUUGAUCGAAAAGAAUUUCGAGGCAGACUCUCCAUUGCAAUUACUGCAAACUUUGUGAACUCAAACACUCCUGCUGAAAUGAAGGCAAAAGAGAUAGGUGGAGUCUCAUCCCAUUUCCAUCAAAAACUAUUUAAAGAUUUGAAAGCUAAAAAGGAGAUUCAUCUGGAAAAUUUCGUGUAUUAUAAAGAUGAGACUCAUUACUUUGUAAUGACAGCAACAAAAGCAAGCUUAUUGCAGAGACGUGUUUUCAAAGAAGAUUUUCUUGAUGCUUCACAGUUAAUGGAAAGAAAAAACAUUGAUGUGUCAGCGUUGUUAGCGUAUGCAAGAGAUGCUGCAAACUUUUGUACCAACAAUGCAAUGGCCAAUAUCUGUUUCGCAAAGAACUCACGAGGGGUGGAUGAUGUUGCCAUGUUAGACUUUUCAUCAAAAUUUGAAGCUGCAAAUGCAUCACAUGUUGUUGAGAGGAAUGGUGAAAAACUGCUUAUUGGACUUAUUGGUGACAGUCUAUUAGAGCCCUUUUGGCCUCAAGGUACUGGGUGUGCUCGUGGAUUUCUUGGAGCCUUUGAUACAGCAUGGACGAUCAGGAAUUGGAAAAGUAUGAAAGGAAAACCUUUAGAAAUCAUAGCUGAGAGAGAGUGUGUCUACAAAGUCUUAUCUCAGACGACACCUAACAAUAUAAAGAAGAAAUACAGUGAAUACAGUAUUGAUCCAAAAUCAAGAUAUCCUUCCAUUAAUCCGAAAGCUGUUACUCUCGAAAAAGCAAAGCAGUUUUAUGAUGAUGUGCAAGACGAUUACAGUGAAGACGUUGUUUCUCCUGCUAAAAGGAUUAAACGAAAUGAUGAACCAGUGGAAUUCCAUGAUCUACUUCAAUGGUGUCAGAAAGUGCUAGAAAAACACACACAUUUAUAUAUCAAAGACCUGACUACUUCCUGGAGAAGUGGAUGUGAAAUCGGAUGUUUGAUCCAUGUUUUUCGUCCACAUUUGAUACAAAUGAAGGAUUUGGAUCCAUCAAAUCCCUUCAGGAGUAUGGAAAUGGUAGUUAACAUAGCACAACGAGAACUUGGGAUAUAUCCUGUUAUUACUGUUUCUAAAAUGGUGAAUUGUUUAUCUGAAAAUGAGGUAGAGAUGGCAUCGUAUCUAUCCCAGUUUUACCAGCUGUUUUAUGAUGAGCCUAUUUCUGAGAUGAUAUCUUAUGAUAACAGUGGAACGAGCAAUACAACAACUAGCAUCACAGAAACAAAUAUUGUAAAACCAAGGAAUGGUAGAUUUGAUUUUCCAAUGGAAAAAAAAGAAACUGUUGAAACAGCUAAUGAUAUUUGCUACCUUUGCAAAAAGGAAUUAUUCAUUCUGGAAAGACUUAGUGUGGAAAGUGUGUUUUGUCAUCGCGCAUGUCUGAAAUGUGAACGAUGUCAUUGUGAAUUGAAUCUCGAAAACUAUAGAACACAAACAUCAUCUAAAGGAAGAGUAAGGUUUUUCUGUCCAAAGCAUGCCGGACCAAACGCAAAGUUUACACAGUCCAUCAGGAAACGUCCAUCUCAAGUCUUGGAUACAACCAAUGAGCCUCAACCUCUAAAAGACAGAUCUAAUAUUGCAAACACAGACAGACUACCAAAACGUUCAGAAAAACCAAAAAUUCCGCCAAGGCCGGACUUCUUAGCACGAAGAGUAACAUCGGCGUCAAUACGGAGAAAAGACUUCUACAAUACUGCAGAUGAUAACAAAGAAGUAGAAACGGAAGAUAAAAUAUUUGAGCAUAAUUUUGGUGCAUCUGUUCGAUGCGGAAUGGGUACAUUUAGCAUAAAACUACCAGAAUCUGAUGAGGAUGAGGAUGAUAAGUCUUCAAGUGAGAGCAGUGAUAAUGAUAUUGAAGAAAGACUUGAAGCUACGUUAGGACCGAACAUUGAUAAACAUAUGACAAUUAAAGAUGCUUCACAGUUGUGGAAAACCUUGAAAAGAGAUACAAAGCAACGUAGCAUAAUAAAGCAUUUACAUGAUAUUUCAGCUGAAACUGACUCAGCAGCGGAUCCAAGUCAACAAAGAGUCAAUAUACGACAAAAUAGAAGUGAUAAAGAACGUGAAACAAUUCAAGAGGAUGAAAACGAGGAAUUAGAAGGCACAAUCAGUGCUGCUUCAGAAACGGACAGUUCUAAUGUAUACCUACCUGAUGAAAAGCAGUCCAGUGAAAACAGAAAAUCAAGCAAAAAUGAAGAAAUGUUAGAAAAAGCUAUUAAGGACUUAAACAGAGAAUCUAGGGAUUUUGAUGAUAGAAGAUAUAAAUUUUCUGCAACUUGUUAUCGACCUAAGAGCAAAGGCUUUGACAAAGGCCCUGCAUCAAAUCAACCCACAAAAGGCAUCCGGCGUAACAGGCCACAGUUGAAACGAUCCGACUCUGAUCAGACGGAAGUGAGGCAUGCUCAGCGUGUCCAACUUGCUGCCAGAAAGCUUGCUAUACAAAGGCAGCAAAACAAAUUAUUCAUGGCUCAGGAAAUCAAACGGCAACUAGAAGAAGCAGAAGUGGAGCUUUGCAGGGUAGAACAACAGGGAGUUGAGAUAGAAAAGCAGCUGAAAGAAAACACUGAAAUUUUGGAAGAGAAUAAACAAAGUUUGCGACGACAGUUGUGUUCAUUGUACUGUCGGCGACAAAAGUUAUUACAGUAUGAAGCCGAAUUACGAUCAGCUAACGAACAAUUUGUACCACCAAGUCAAAAAGAAGAAAUUUGUGAAAUAAGUCCUCGUGAUAGUGAUAGCUCUAGCGAGGAAGAAGAAUACAUGUAUGUAGAAAAGUCUGACUCUCCAGAGUUUGGAAGUGACCAUGUAACAAGGGAGGCAAGUGACGAGGCAGUAAAACGAGACAAGAUGAUUGACAUACAGGACCCAUCGGAAAUAAAAAAUGGCGUAAACGAAGUGGCUCCAAAAAUUAUCUCCACAGAUACAUAUCUACAGAGAGUCAUUAGUACUAAAGCUGAUUUGAAAUCCACGCCUAAGAUCUCAGAAGAAGAAAGUCAAUCCCAAGCUACUGGUGGAGAUAUUUUGUCUGCUGAUAUUGAAAAACUUACAUUUGUUGAUGUAUUUACAACUGGAACUCAGAAUUGGGAAUGCCCGUUUUGUACACUUCAUAAUGACGACACAAACAGCUUUUGUGAUGCCUGUGAAGCUUGGAAAUGUAGCAUGUGUACCUAUGUAAACGACACCAGAAGAAAGAAAUGUGAAAUGUGCUACAACAAUAAACCACAACUUGAUGUCAUCCAAAACGAAUUACGUGAAUCAGAUGCUUAGCUUUUCUUAUUCAAAUUUAAUGUCAUUAUACAAGAUGGGUCAGAACUAAUCGGAGAGUAUUAUUUCGUAUAUGUAUCUGAAAACAUGUAUGAAUUUGUGUGAUGAGCAGUCGAUCAUUUGUAACAUUACAGUAAUGUUGUCUUUCUUGUAUCAAAAUUCAUUAACCUACUUUGUGUUCUACAGUCGGAAGUCUUGAAGUCAUUACUAUUAACUGUCAAGAUUAUUGUAGCUCAGAUAUUCACAAAAGGUGUUUAAUUCAUACAAAUGCUGACCUUGUUUUUGCUAAAAGGCGAAUCAUUUGAUUUCGUCAUAUGUUUCCGAUUUGUAUGAAGACAACCAAUUUGUAUGAAUAAAACCCAAUAUUCUAAAAUCAACGGCUUUAAAUGUUUAUUAAAUGAACACAUUUUUUA